CCAGCCCUGACCGCCUCUCAGAGACAACCCCAGCCUGGCUGAGUUCAUCCCCAUGCUCACUCAGGGCUGGGCAGAGAUCUUCAUUCGGAGGCCGUCAGGCAACACGAGCUGGCUGAUGUGUCUGGAGAACCCUCCCAGUCCCUUCUCCUCGGAGCUGGGCAACAUGCCUCUGCAGGAGCUCUCCACCGUCCUCAUGGGGAUGGAGGGGGUGAAGGAGCCCCCGGCCCAGACCGCCAGCGCCCCCGCCAGCACCGCGCCCCCCGCCCCCGAGCUGCCGACACACAGCAGCGUCGGAGGGAAGCCCAACCUGAUCCAGCGCUCCAACACCGUGGGAGGGUCUCUCUGGUCUCUGGGUUCGGGCUCCGGCCCCCCAGGCCCCCCGGCCCCCGGCAGGUUGCACAGGAGCAUUUCCUGGGCAGAUUCUGUAGUGGUGCUGGAGGAGGGGUCAGGGGUCACCGCAGCACAAACUCCUGAUUGGCUCGAGAGUGAAGGGUUUGAGCCAAUGCCGUCUGAUCCCAUCUUCAUGUCUGCAGACAAGUUCACCAAGACCCCCCCCCCUGGAACGCUCAGCCGGUCCUCCUCAACCUCCAGUCAAGAUGAUGAGAAGUCCACACUGGAGGAAGUAAGUGAGGGAGCGAUUCCAAUCGAUCAGCCCACUAUGGGACCCUCCACCCCGGGCAGCCAGGGGCCUGAACUCCCCUUCCAGAGCCACUCUCCGUCCCAGGGCCACGGCCUCAACAAGUCCAGCUCCUCCCCGGAGCUCCAGACCCUACCGGAGGCCUUCUCCAAGGCAGCUCUGGAGUCUGAGGCUGCGCUAGUAGAACCAUCUGCCCCCAAAGCCCCCGCAGACAGCAAGCCCCAGCAGCUGCAGUCUGAGAAGGAGAAGUUGGAGGGGGGCACAGGAGGGGACACUAAUGGACUCGGAAGUCAGAGUCAAGGCAGUGACAGCCCUGUAGUGUCUUCUCUAGGCGGGGGAGCGAGGAUGAGGUUGGAGUUUCCGGCCCCAGCGGCACCAUCCGGACCCAUCUCCCCCGGCGGAGGCCACCGGCCCCGGGGCCACACUAUCUCAGUGUCAGCCCCCUCCUCCAGGAGGGAGAGGAGGACGGAGAGAGACUCAUACACCAGCCGGCCCGGACCCAGCACCACAGAGAAGAUCUCUGGACUCAGCCCGAGCUUCGUCUUCCUCCAGCUCUACCACUCUCCUUUCUUCGGGAACGAAGCCAACAAGCCUCUGCUGCUGCCCAAAACGCAGGUGAUCGACCGGGCCGUGAAGGUCCUGGACCAGAUGCCUCCUUACGACACCCACAAGAUCGGGGUGGUGUUCGUCGGGGCCGGUCAGGUCAACAACGAGGUCGCCAUCCUGUCCAACGAGUACGGGUCCAACCGCUAUGCUGCCUUCCUCACAGGCCUGGGCAAACUAAUCCACCUGAAGGACUGCGACCCCGACCAGAUCUUCCUCGGAGGGCUGGACCAGUACGGAGACGACGGAGAGUUCACCUACUGUUGGCAUGACGACAUCAUGCAGGCCAUCUUCCACAUUGCCACUCUGAUGCCCAACAAGGAGAGCGACAAGGGCUGCUGCAACAAAAAGAGACACAUUGGCAACGACUUUGUCAUGGUGGUGUACAACGACUCUGGAGAGGAGUACACGCUGGGCACCAUUAAGGGUCAGUUUAAUUUUGUAGAAGUCAUCAUUAAACCGCUGGAUUAUGACUGUAACCUGGUGACCCUCCAGUGCCGCAAGGACCUGGAGGGACUAGUUGACACAACGGUGGCAAAAAUCGUUUCAGACCCCAACCUCCCUCUCUUAGUCCGACAGAUGGCUCUGCAUGCAAAUAUGGCCUCUCUGGUGCAUCAGUUCAGAGCCAACCCAUCUGAUGCCUACGCUUCCAAGUGGCUGGCGAGGUUGCGGCACAUUAAAAGGAUCCGGACCAGGGCCCAGGAGGACAUCCAGUCUCGUGCAACUCCCGGCAUCUCACUGACCCAGGGUCAUAUGCAACAAAACAAGUCCUUUCAGCAGAGCAGUCAGAACACGGAAGUUUCGGGCCAGAGGAAAAGACUUGUCUCGACUGUGGACGAUUUUACGGACUUUGUUUGAAUGGGUUUCUUGGCCUGGUAGAAACACACACACCUGCCUUAGAGCUGAGGUCGGUUUACUUUCAGUUCUGAGUGGAAGAAUUCAAGAUGACACGCUGAUUUCAACUUUCCCAGUUUGUAUCGGCAAGAGCUUCAUGGUACCAUAAAAGCUUAUUUUGUGAUGAAGUAUUGAUAUGUGAAGACAUUUCUGCAUAUUUUUCGAAAAAUGCUAACGCUUUGCACUUUUAAAGUCUAAUCCUAAUGUUUCCGAUGUGCAACAUUAGAUGAGUAAAAGCUGUACAGAACACUACGUUCGAGAGCAGGAUGUGUUUGUUUGUGAGUAAAAAUAUGUGGAAUAAAAAAGUGGAGAUAAUUUA